AUGCUGGCACCCACUCUUUCUCUCGCUACGCUCGUGCUGGGCGCCGCAGCCAGUACUCACCGUUCAUCGCCUCACUAUGACUUUGUAAUUGUCGGCGGUGGCACCAGUGGAUUGGUCGUGGCCAACAGACUCUCGGAAAUGCACAAUGUCACAGUGGCAGUCAUCGAAGCCGGAGAAUCAGUACUCAACAACGCCAAUGUGACCAAUGUGAUGGGCUACAGUCUGGCUUUCGGCACCGAAAUCGAUUAUGCCUAUCAGACGGCCAACCAGACAUAUGCUGGUGGACUGAAGCAGACCAUUCGUGCCGGAAAGGCCAUCGGUGGUACAAGCACAAUCAAUGGAAUGUCCUAUACCCGAGCCCAAGACGCGCAGAUUGACAACUGGGGAAAGGUUGGAAAUGAGGGAUGGAGCUGGAAUGACCUUUUGCCCUACUACAAGAAGUCGGAGGACUUCCAGAUUCCCACCAAGGACCAGGUUGCUCACGGAGCUACCUAUACUGCCAACGUUCACGGCCGCAACGGCCCUCUCAAGGUCGGAUGGCCUACCUCAAUGACCAACAGCAGCGUCUUCCUUGCCAUGAACGAGACGAUGACCAACCUUGGUGUCGAAUACAACGCUGAUGUGAACAGUGGCCACAUGAUUGGUUUCACCACUCACCCCGAGACCAUUGACCGAGAGCGCAAUGUCCGUGAAGACGCUGCCAGGGCCUACUUCUGGCCCUACGAGAGCCGUGCCAACCUCAAGAUAAUUUCCAACACCCGUGCGAACAAGAUCAUCUGGGCCAACACCACUGGUGAGGCAGUUGCUAUUGGAGUUGAAUGCACCACUCCGUACGGUGUGGAGCGAAUUUAUGCCUCCAAGGAGGUCAUUCUGUCUGCCGGUGCACUCCGAUCCCCACAGCUUCUUGAGCUUUCCGGUGUUGGAAACCCAGACAUCCUCAGCCAGUUCAACAUCUCCACCAAGGUUGCCCUCCCCGCUGUCGGUGAGAACCUCCAGGAUCAAACCAAUAACGCUCUCGCCUGGGAGUCAGUUGACACAGUGUCCGGCCUUGCCACUUUCUCCGCUUUGAUCUCUGUUAACCAGCUCUACGGUAAGAAUGUGUCGGCCGUCGAGUCCCAAAUCGACAACGCAUUGGCUAGCUACGCCAAAGCUCUGUCCAAGAAGUCAAAUGGUGCGGUGAAGGAGUCCAACCUCCUGGAAGCUCUGCAGAUCCAACGUGACUUGAUCUUCAAGUCCCUCGUCCCUUACGUCGAAGUCGUCUUCGCCCCCAGCGGCACAGACUUCGCAAGUGAAUACUGGCCCCUCCAACCCUUCUCCCGCGGAAGCGUUCACAUCCAAUCCGCCAACGCCUCCCAAAUCGCCAACAUCGACCCGAACUACUUCAUGUUCGCCCAGGACAUCGACGCGCAAGCCGAUGUCGCCCACUUCAUCCGCAAGAUCUUCGACACUGCACCCCUGAAGAGCAUCGUCGGAGACGAGAUGACUCCUGGAUACGACGUUGUGGCCGCAAAUGCUACCGGCUCCGCAUGGGAUAGCUGGAUCAAGGAGAAGUUCCGUCCUAACUACCACCCUGUCGGUUCCGUUAGCAUGCUCCCCAGGGAGAAGGGCGGCGCUGUCAGCGCUGAGCUCAAGGUCUACGGUACUAAGAAUGUUCGUGUCGUUGAUGCUUCCAUUGUACCGUACCAGGUCUCUGGUCAUUUGACUAGCACUCUCUACGCUAUUGCUGAGAAGGCUUCCGAUAUGAUCAAGAAGUCCUACACCCACUAA